UAAAACCCCCCAAACUGUCACGCACCACAAUUCAACAUACGCAUCAUCACAUCACCAAUGUCGUCAACAACACCAACCUUUCAUCCACGUCCCGCCGCAUCCACUUCAACCCUCCAUCCUGACAUCAUCCGGACCAACAUCUUCACACGCCUCGACGGCUCCACUCUCGCCGCCGCCGCCUGCGCUUCGUCCGAGUUGUAUUUGCUCUCCACGGAAGAUAAACUAUGGCAAAAUAUUUGUAACUCCACUUGGGCCUCCAUCAACAACCCACGUGUCAGCCGUGUCAUCUCAACCUUCCCUGCCGGUUACCGUUCAUUCUUUUCUGAUUCAUUUCCAGUUCUUGAUCAUCAACAAUCUUUGAAACAUAAUCUUGAUUUUUCUUCAACUCUAUCCACUGAGUUAAUCUCUUGUGUUGAUGUUUACUAUAAAAACUCCCUCAUCAUGUCCAAAACUCAAGAAACUGAGAAGGUAAACGGGUGGUUUUUGUGUUCGCCAUUUCGGGUGGAUUUGUUUGACCUGAAAGAAUCCGUUUUGACGCCGAAAGUACACGGUGGCACGUGGCUGAAUGACAUUGAGGAGAAUUUGACGUUGAGUUGGAUAUUGAUUAACCCGGUAAAGAAACGGGCACUGAAUAUAUCAAGCGGGCGAGCGGCUUCAGUAGAGCGGCACUGGUUGACAGGCGAUAUACAAGCGAGAUUCGCAACGAUCUUGGCGGGAGAUGAAGGGUCAGAGAGGGAGUUAGUGAAAUGUGAGGUGGUGGUCACGUGCGGAGGAAAAGAGGGAAGGGAUGUGCACGUGAGGGAAGUCAGUUUGCAAGUGGAGGACAUGGAGGGAAGGAGUUUGAGCGGGAGGGAUAGUUUGGUAAUUUUAGAGGGGGCAAUGGAGAAUGGAAAGAGAAAACGAGGGAAUGGAAGCGAAGAGAAACUGAAAUACGAAGAAUUCAUGGAGAGAAAAAGAGAGAGAAGAAGAAGGAAGCAAAGGAGAGAAAUGUCAAUGGACAUGGCGUCUAUUCUAACGGGAGUUAGUAUUUUUCUGGGAAUUUGGACCUUCGUAUUGUUUAGGUAAAAUAUUAGAUUAGGGUUGGAUUUUAUUUAUUUAUUUAUUUAUUUUGAUUUUAAAUAAUAAGUCGUUUAUAUUUAUUUAUUUAUUUAAUAUUUA